AUGGCAUUCAAACAUCUGAUUCCAUUUGCCUCCCUUGCAGUCAGUUGCAUUGCAGCCAUGUCGACUCCGGAGCCACUUCCCAACCCCCAGCGUGUCAUCACCGACACCGAUCUCGAGACCGGCAUCUCGCACUUCAAUACGACGCUGGACGAAAGCCUUGCGGUCAAGCAGGAUCUCGGAGGUUCCUUGUUCCGUUUGGGAUACAUCACCGACAAGACCCCCAACACGCUCGAUGGCACCGAUCUCACCAACUACAUUGAGUACCUGGAGACUGCCAGCGUGCCUCCCGUCACCCUCCCCGACGGUCGUGGCAUGAUGUGGUACAUCGACACCCCUCCUGGUAAAGGCAGUCCUGCCCACCGCACCGUCAGCUUCGACGUUGUUAUCCAGGUCGCAGGCGAGAUCGAAGUGACGCUCGAAUCAGGCGAGAAGCGCAUCCAGAAGCCGGGUGACAUGCUCAUCCAGCGUGCUACCACUCACACUUGGAGAAACCCCAGCAAGGACAAGUGGGCCCGUAUGGUUGGUGUCAUGUACUCGAGCAACCCUGUGGUUCUCAAGAAUGGCACCGUACUUGGUCCUUCCGGACUCUAA